CAAACAAAACAGAUGUUUGCUUUCGGUUUGUUCGUAAUUUCGUAUUCGUAGGCUAGGAAAGCAAUAUGACCAUAAUGUAAAAUACUUUUAUGUUUAAUAUAUAAUUGUUUCAGUGUUUCAAAGUAUGAACAUAUCUUAUUUUAAUUUAUUAAAGCGAUAGUUGUUUUUAUUCUAUCUGAAAUGUUGAAGGAGAAAGGACAGCUCAAAUUUGAGGAUAAGUGGUCUUUUAUGCGACCAACUGUCCUUAAACUUCUCAAACAGGAAGCAGUCACUCCUGUUGAAUGGCAAGAAUUAUUUUAUGAUGUACAUUUAGUUUGUUUGUGGGAUGAAAAAGGUCCAAUUAAACUAAGAGAUGCUCUUCAUGACGACAUUGUUCAAUAUAUUAAACAAGCCCAAGGUAGGGUGAUGGCUCAACAACGAGAAGAGACUCUGCUAAAAGCAUAUAUAGUUGAAUGGCAAAAGUUCUUUACCCAAUGUAAUUAUUUACCAACACCUUUCAGACAGUUAGAAAGUUCUCUUCAGGGUAAAACAACGGGUAGUUCCAAUGUACAGGGGACUGCUGUAAAAAAAGGACAGAAUAAUGAUAGUAUUGUCAGGAAGCUCAUGUUAGAUUGCUGGAACAAUAGUAUAUUCAAUAAUAUUAAAGAUAGGCUUCAAGACAGUGCUAUGAGAUUAAUUUAUCUUGAAAGGAAUGGGGAAGCCUUUGAUUCACAGUUGGUUACAGGGGUGAGGGAUUCUUUUGUAAACCUCUGCUCAAACCCAGAUGAUCACUUGAAAAUCUACAGGGAAUAUUUCGAAGCAACUUAUAUCAAUAGUACGACCUUAUUUUACAAAUUGAAAGUCACCCAGCAACUUAAUGAGAAUGGAGUAAUUGCUUAUAUGAAGUAUGCUGAGCAGAAAUUGAAGGAAGAAGAAGCUCGUGCUAAAAAGUAUCUCGAAGCUGGAAGUAACCGAGUUGUGGAUUGCUGUGUCAAAGUGCUUGUCCAGGAGCCCAUUGUGAUUUUGUUGAAUGAAUGCAAGCCAUUAAUCAAGGCAGGAGAGACAGAAAGACUUCAAUUAUUAUAUCGCCUCUUAGGACGGGUGGAAGAAGGAAUAGUCCCGAUGCAAUGGGAGCUAGAACAGCACAUAGAGCAGGAAGGAUUGGCCGAAAUGGUGGCGGCCGCAGAUGUGAUAACCCUAGACUCUGAAAAGUACGUGGAGCGUCUGCUAGAGCUGUACAGAAAAUUCACGGAUUUGGUCCACGAGGCCUUCUCCGACGAUCCCAGGUUCCUCACGUCCCGCGACAAGGCGUUCAAGAAAGUAGUAAACGACACCAAAGUCUUCUCGUUAGAUCUUAAUGCCGGAAGGUCGGCUGGCGGCAAAUCUGUCGCGCCCGAGAGCAAAUGUCCUGAAUUAUUAGCCAAUUAUUGUGAUAUGUUGCUGAGAAGAACUCCUCUGUCCAAGAGAUUAACGUCGGACGAAAUCGAUUCGAGACUCAAAGAUGUGCUGUUGUUAUUAAAGUAUGUGAAUAAUAAAGACGUGUUUAUGCGGUAUCACAAGGCGCAUCUCACCAGGAGGUUGAUUGUCGAUGCCAGUAUCGACAGCGAGAAGGAAGAAGACAUGGUGGAGUGGCUGAGAGAGGUGGGAAUGCCAGCAGACUAUGUAAAUAAAUUAGCGAGAAUGUUCCAAGACAUAAAAGUGAGCGAAGACUUGAACUCGCAGUUCAGAACCUCGACUGCUAAACAUGACGCUAUCAAUAUCAAGAUAUUGAACGCAGGAGCUUGGGCCAGAUUCUCAGAAAGAGUUACCGUUAGUUUGCCAGUCGAACUGGAAGAUUACAUUCCCGAGAUCGAAGAGUUUUAUCGAAAGAAACACUCCGGUAGAAAAUUACUAUGGUACCAUCACAUGAGCAACGGAACGAUCAACUUCGCCGUCAACGGCGGAAAGUUCGACCUGGACGUUACCACUUUUCAGAUGGCCGUUUUGUUCGCUUGGAAUCAGCGGCCCAACGACAAAAUCACCUACGAGAACCUGCGUCUCGCGACCGAGUUACCCAACGGGGAAUUGCGCAGGACGCUCUGGUCCUUGGUGGCCUUUCCCAAGCUGAAAAGACAGCUGUUGAUGUUUUCGCCGCCGGUUAAUAGCGCUAAGGAAUUCACCGAAGAUACCGUCUUUUGGGUGAAUCAAGAUUUUGCGCUGGUGAAGAAUGGCAAGCCUCAGAAAAGGGGAAAGGUGAAUCUCAUAGGACGUUUGCAAUUGAGUACGGAGAGUUCUCAGAUCGAGGACAAUCAAUCUAUUGUGCAAUUGAGGAUAUUAAGAACACAAGAAGCUAUAAUAAAGAUUCUGAAGAUGCGCAAGAAGAUAACCAAUGCAGCUUUACAGACAGAACUAGUAGAUAUUCUGAAAAAUAUGUUUAUUCCCACCAAAAAAAUGAUCAAGGAACAAUUAGAAUGGUUAAUAGAACAUAAAUAUAUGAAGAGAGAUGAUGAUGAUAUUAACACGUUUAUUUAUAUGGCAUGAUGUUAUUGAGGUUGGAUAAACUGAGGCAAGUUUGUCAACUAAUAAUUCUCGAAUCUGGAUUGAAUUGAGAAACUGCUAUAUCAAAUAUGAAUUCAAAUUUAAUAUCUAGAUUUUUUAUUCGAUAGUUUUCUCUACUGAUUUUUAUUUCUUGUGACUUAUUUUAUCAUAGAUUGAUUGAAUUCAUACCAAAUAUAAUUGAGAGUGAACGUAAUCGACAAAUAGUACAAACAUUUGCUCUUGUUAAUGGUUUCCUGCAAUUGUAUCUUUUUAUAACAUUCAGAUAGUCAGCGUGAGCUUUUUCCUUAUUUAUACAUUUCUUUUUUCAAUUGGUAAAAUUUGGUACCCGUUGUAAACUGAAAUUAAAGCGUUUCUCCAAGAA